UUGACAUGAACAUAACAGAGAACAUCCUUUUUGAUAAAGAAGAUAUAAAAUACGAAGCCUCGAUGUCUUCAAAGAAAAGGGAAGAAGAAGAAGAAGUUGUCUCCUGGCAAUUGUAAACAACUCGAUCCGCCUCUGAUGUAGUAUCAAGAACAGUUUUCUAGGUCUCACACAACCUAAUGUAGAUAGGGAACAAUGCGCACUGUCUGUGUUACGCAGGAGGUACCAGCAAAUGCUCUUGCUCUCAGCCCUGAUAAUCAGCAGGUUGCCAUUGCUGGCCGAAAUGUGUUCAAGAUUUACUCAAUUGAAGAAGACGACUUGGUCGAGAAAGUCAAUUUACGAGUUGGGAAGAAUGAGAAAAACGCCAAUUUGAACCUGUCCUGGAAUGAUGUCGUUUGGAAUUAUGUCGAAGAUGCUGUUCUUGCUACUGCCUCAUCAAGUGGAACGGUUGUUACCUGGAACCUGAACAAGACGUCGAGAUCAAAGUCGGAUAUUGUUUUUCGUGAUCACGAGAGGACCGUCAAUAAGGUUAGUUUUCACCCUUGUGAAGCCCAUCUUCUUAUAUCUGGGUCACAAGAUGGCUUGAUGAAAUUGUUUGACCUCCGGAAGAAGGAGGCUGUUUCCACAUUCACCAGUAAUUCAGAAAGUGUCAGAGAUGUGCAAUUCAACCCUCACAAUAACAUGCACUUUUGUGCUGUGUGUGAGAAUGGGAAUGUGCAGCUUUGGGACAUGAGAAGGACUGACCACGUCGAGAAACAAUUUCCUGCGCACGGGGAGCCGAGUUUUGCCUUGGACUGGCAUCCAGAUGUUAAAAACUGGAUAGCAACAGCUGGGAGAGACAAAACUAUAAAGGUUUGGGACUUAACAGAAAACCCUACAGUUUGUUAUACUGUUCAAACUAUUGCGUCUGUGGGUCGAGUCAAAUGGAGACCUAAUGCCAAGUAUCAUAUUGCAAGUUCGUCAUUGCUUCUGGACUGCAGCAUAAAUGUUUGGGAUAUAAGACGCCCAUAUAUCCCACUUGCUGCUUUUAACGAGCACAAGAAUUUGCCCACGGGAAUUGCUUGGCGAGCAGAUCCCAAUAGUUUGCUGUCAGUUGGCAAGGACUUCACUUUAAUUCAUCAUGCAUUUAAGGAUUCAACAAGGCCAGUAGAGAAAGUCAAUCCUGUAGGAUUAGAUAUCAGUGUCUCUGGGAAGGUUUUGAAUGCAACCAGAGUGAAGGAAGAUUCUGAGCCUCCAGGGACACUACCAAAAUUAUCCAUGUUUAGGAAGAGUCCAGUCAUCAGCGACCACAAUGGCCAGGUUUUGUCGUCAGUUCAACUGCUAGACUGUGAGGAGCACAAUCCGUUAUCAACUGAUCAUCUCGUCGAGUCGGCCAAGCAGUACCUUCUCACAGGGAGAUCGCUAGGUGAAAUAUGUGAACAUAAUGCUGCUGUAGCAAGGAAGCUGAAUAGACCUCAGGUGGCAUUGACCUGGCAGAUGUUGCACAUGUUGUACAUGGGUGGCGGAGGAGGAAUUGAUUCACUGGUGAGUCUUCAGACCUCUUCAAGAGAUGAUCCAAAUGUUCAGCCUGACAUUGCCUUAGAUAAUGAUCAGAGAUCGGCAAGACAUUACUCAGGUGGUGAUGCUGGUGGAGAUACCUCUGGAGGUGGAUUCAGCGCUGAGGAAGGGGACACAGAAACAGAUGAUACUGAUAACCAUGAUCUCAAACAAGGCCACAUUUCUGGUGGAAUGACCAUCAAUCAAGAUUUCUUCUUUGGCGAUGGCGAAAUCAACCAGAUUCCAUUCGAUUAUGAUCAUCUGAACAACUUAGAUAAUAGCCAGGACUGGACUUUACCGAAUGAAGCAUUUCAGCCUCGUCACGAAAUUCUCCACCAGUCUGGUAUUCCGCCACAGGAUUUCUCUUCAAAAUGCUCACCCAGGGAACUACAAGAUGCAGGAGGCACAUCUGGUUAUGUAGUUGAGGCACCCUCUCUUUUAAGUGAAGUAAAAGGUCUCGGAACCCCAGCUUGGGACUUUGAAGAACGUGUUGUAGACAUGCUCUAUCAUUAUGCCAACAUUGGGGAUGUACAAAUGACUGUUACAUGCAUAAUUGUUCUUGGUGAUAGACUGAAGAAAGUCCUCGAUGAAAACCAAGUGGAGCAUUGGUUCCUUGCAUACAUAGAGCUGUUGCAGAGAUUUCAGUUGUGGAAUGUAGCUAGUCAAGUCAUUCAGUUGGCAGCUGGGCUUCCUUCAGUUUGGCAGCAAAAUCAGCAGUCAACAGCAAUAACACUACAGUGUGGGAGAUGUCGAUACACAUUACCUAGAAAUAGUCUUUCAUGUCGAAAGUGUGCGUGUGCCACAGCAACGUGCGUCUUGUGUCACGGGACUGUCAGGGGCAUGUACAUAUGGUGCCAAGGUUGCGCUCACGGUGGCCACUUGCAUCACAUCAUGGAAUGGAUGAAGACCAAUAAGUCUUGUCCUUCAGGUUGUGGACACCUGUGUGAAUAUAUGUGAUCUCCUGCGGUAGUUCAGGGAUCACUGUAAAUAUUUCUAAGUAAUUUUACAUUGUUUUUUUUAUAAGAUUUGCCUCUUGUUUAUUGCAAUCUGUUGAAUGAUGAAAAAAGAAAAUGCGAAGAAUUUUUAUCGUUUUGUAUUAAAAUGUCAGAUUUAAA